GGCUGCAGCCGCGGUUGGAUAGAAUGCGGUGGUUGCGCGCCGCGUUGCCUACCCAGUCUCAAGAUUUGCGGUUUACGUUAGAAUGACUAGUGCCUCCACUCCUAUCAAUUUAUAUUAACACUUUUCGACCCUCCAUUGAAAUUCCACAGAAGUUUAAUUUCAAUGCUUGUGGAAGUAUUUUUUUUAGUCGAACAAGUAGGAUUUGUUGAAUUUCACAUCUGAAUGACUAUUCAACGUAGCUUGUGCUACAUUGAUUUAUGACUUAAUUAGAAAGUGAACCAACUAACUGGUUGAAAUGGAUGAAAAUGAAACGGAAUACUCUAAGCUAAUCAGCUCUUCACCUGAGGUUGUCAGGGACAUAUCAGAUCAGGAUCCGUCAGUCUCCGUGCCGUUUUUGCCAAGUCAGGAAUCAUCUACUGACAAGGAAAUCUGUCCUGACGAAGUCUCUGACAAGGAUGUCAUUCUUGAGGGAGUCGUUGACGAGGAAGUCACUCAUGAUGGAGUCGCUGCCACGGAAGUCUCUCCUUACGAAGUCUCUGACAAGGAAGUCACUCAUGAUGAAGUCGCUGCAAAGGAAGUCACUCCUGACGAAGUCUCUGACAUGGAAGUCACUCCUGCUGAAGUCUCCGGCAAGGGAGACGCUCUUAUCGAAAUCGUCGACAAGCAAGUCACUCUCUACGAAGAUUCGACUGCCGCGAAAAGCGAAGAGGCUUUGCCUAAUCCAUCAGCUGAGAGCUCUGUUGAACGGGCCCACUCUUUCGAGCUCACAGAAACUGAAAAACGCAGCGAUAGUCUUCCCAACAUCAAUGAAUUGGGAGAUUCUCCAGUACAGUCAUCGUCUGUAGGUGCAAUCCCCCACGUGUUGAUUUCCGCUGAAACUCCUUUAUCAUCGGGCCAAAAAGCAACGUCUGAGGAACUAUCUCUGAACCUGAGCCCCGACAAUGGUGGCGCCUUCUACAUUGGUGAGGAACGAACUUGUAGUCCAAAGUCUCCGAACUCUGACAACUUUGGCGGAUCGUUCCACAGCUUGCCUGAUAAGAGCAGAGAGCGAAGACCAAGUUUUAUCCAGUCACUAUUUUUGAAAAGCGUCUCGCAAAAGCAAAAGGAUGCAAACCAAAAGUCUCCUGAACCAGAUCAUAUGCUUGAAUUUGUACCUCCGGACGGCGGCUUCGGCUGGGUGAUCGUGAUGGCGGCGUGUGUUGUCAACAUGUGGAUCGUGGGCUUCAUCAAAAGCUACAGUUUAAUUUACGUCGAACUCAAAGCUGCCUUCCCGGACGCAUCGGCCUACCACGCUUCGUGGAUCCCAGCACUACUCUCUACCAUCGGCUUGCUUGUAGCUCCAAUCGCGGGUGUGCUCAGCAGGAAAUAUACGUCACGAAAAGUGUCCUUCUGUGGCGGGUUGUUGGUGUCUUCUGGCCUCUUCUUCUCCGCUUUCACCACCUCCCUCACUCAACUCAUCUUCACCAUUGGGGUGCUCACUGGUCUGGGUGCAGGUCUCUGCCAGACGCCCGGCAUCCUCAUCGUGUCAUUAUACUUCAAGAAAAGAAGAGCUUUGGCGUCCGCCAUCUGCAUCUCGGGCAACUCUAUCGGGUCGUUCUUCAUGCCUCCUCUCAUCGACUAUCUGCUGUGGGAGUACAGACUCCGUGGUACGUUUCUUAUCAUUUCAGCGCUGCAGCUCCACAUAUCAGUGGCUUCUCUCCUCUACAGACCAGUGAGAGAACAAGCAAGAAUACAAGCUAUGGAAAGAGCGAGGCUAGCUAGGGCGCAGGCAAGCGGGGACGAGAGCCAGAAAAGUCUUUUGCAGAACGGUGAAGACUCGGCUGGUGAGCUUACUUUAACUCCAUCCAAUCAAAGCUUGCGUCGGAAAGGCUCCAGCUCGCUGAUGAUGAAAGUCAGAAGCUCUAAACUUCUAGCAGGCGAAUGCAAAGAAAUGACUCAUCAUGUAUCAUUCCUGCGCAGCAUGUCCAUGGUUGCCAGCGUGCCUGACCUCGCGGAAUACGCUAAGAAAGUUCACGUUUCCAUGGACCGAGACAUUAAUGUCGUACCUCCUACCCAAUUAAUAGUCGCAAAACGCCAUCACACCGUCAGCGAGUCUUCCGCUCCCGGGGAAAUUUUCAAGUCGAGCUCUGGAGGGCGCUUGAACGAUCCCGCCAGACCGACUUCUAUCCGGAAAGUACACAGUUCGCUCGGCCGAAUGGUCCUCACAAAGCAGGCGGUGAGCCGACUGCCGCCUGGGCAUUUUCAGGCUUCGCUUGAAAAUGAAUUAAAUUCCUCAAUUUGCUCCAUACUCAAUGAACCAGCGAUUCCGGAAACUGACGAAGAUGAAAUCAACGACGACAGCCCGAACCCAUUCUUGGAAGAUUCUAAGCCAGAAGCAAGCCCAGCUCCCAAUGAGGUGACAAAGGAAACAAAAGAAGAGAAAUCCGAAGAAACCUCGAAGUCUUGUUUACCGAUGUUCAAGGUCCUUGGAGCCUGUUUUGAUAAGGAAGUGCUCAAGACCCGCAAGAUGAUCCUCUUCACGACGUCUGUGGUGCUGUGCGCCGUAGGGGCGCCGCACGCGCUCUUCUACCUUCACGCGUACGCCAAGUCGGUGGGCGUGGACCCCAGCAGCGUGACGACGAUGCUCUCCGUGUCGUCCAUCGUGGACCUCGUCGGCAGACUCACUAUUGGUUUCGUGGCCGACAUGCAGCUCAUUCCAACCGCGUACAUCUACCUUAUGAGCUGCGCACUGGGAGGCUCGGCCGUGCUGGCCAUCUCGUUCAGCCAGACGUUCACGGCGAUGGCCGUGAUGCUCUGCUUCUAUGGCGUCGGCAUCGGCGCAUACUUCGUCAUCAUACCCACGGUGCUCGCGCAGAUGCAUGGCAUCGUCAAACUCAACUCGUCCUACAGCUUCGUCAGGUUCGCCAUGGGCUUCAUAAACUUCGUGUCGCCUCAAGUAAGCGGAGCGUUGGUGGACUACACAGGAACGUUCGCCGCGGUGUACUACUUCAUGGGGACCUGCAUGCUGGCCGCGGCGCUGGUGGUGCUUGUAGAGCAGAUCUUCUGUCCUCCUAAGCCUUUCAAAGACACCGAGAAAAUACCUGUGUAAUAACACAAAUAAUGUCUUCCUUAUUUUCUAUCUUAAAUUGUAAAUAUAUGGUUAUAAUCCAGGCGCUGUUAAUACGAAAAAAAUCUGAUCCCAUAGUUUGAAUAAAACAAAAUUCUGAGACAUAAUACAAUUAACUAAUUUUUGCGCAUUCAGCCUUUUCUUGGCCUAAUAUGAUUGACUGAAGGAAAUAGAACUUUUUUGGUUCUUGGACCAAAAGCGACUUGAAGUACUUUAAUUUCUCCAGGUUUUGAAUCCCACACGAUACAGACUUCAUGUAUAUCGUAUUUUGUCAUCACAUUUACCUCAGUAACUGACCAAUACCCUGAUGAUGUAGUGUUGUACGUCUGGAGCCGUUACCGCAUAGGCUGUGUUGUCGGUUGUGUUUCAUCACACGAUCAAAUAAAAUGUGUGAUUACACACAUCACAUUCAAACAUCGCGCGUGCUAGUGAAAUGUGACUAGCAUCGUUACACAAACUUAAUAUUUAUAGAUUGUAAAAUGUUUUCAUGAUGUACAGAAAAGAAUUUAUGACGCGUGUACAGGUUGACAAUAGGCGAGCAUUGUAAACGGUUAAUACAUGUUUGUUGUGGUA